GCGCAGUGGAAAUGAAACAUCUCUCUCUUCUUUUCUCUUUUUCUUCUUACAAAAAUACACUAUCGUGACCAGAAGCUGGUUCUUAGAAAGAAACAAUCGGCAAAGCAGUAUAUAAUUAGUAGUAAUAUACUAAACUUCCAGUAAAGUAUACAUAAAAUCUACUUCCAAAGCUAGUCCUUGUAGUUCUCCUCUCCCUCUUCACAUGAAGGUUACAUCCCGUGGAACCUUUUCACUUUCUUUGUAGUUCCCUCCAAAGACUUACUGACAGAAAAGAGGGAGAGAGAGCUCACCUACUACCCAAACACGAGAUAAAGAAAGGAGUACAGUUGAUUAGACAUUACUAUUUCUUUUCGUUUUCCCUUAGGUUGAAAGUUUGUCAGAAAGCUUCAACUUUUGUUGGGCAUUAAUGAUCUCUGUCACAGCCUGCAUUUACAUGAAGAUUCUUGAACUGGGUUUCUCUAAAAAUGUCAACUUUAGACAAGUCCCAUGUUGAUUUGGAAGCUGGUACUGCUGAAAUUGUGGAAAAGAAGAGGUCUUCUUCUGUAUCAGAAUGUUCAGUGGAAGUGGAUCUGGAAGCUGAGGGACAGGAUACUACUAAGCCACAUUUGCCUAAAGUUAUAAAGAGGGAUUGUAGGAUUUGCCAACUGAGUUUUGAUGCCUCAAAUCCAGAAUCUGAGGUUCCCAUUGAAUUGGGUUGUUCUUGUAAAGAUGAUUUGGCUGCUGCUCACAAGCAGUGUGCUGAGGCUUGGUUCAAAAUUAAAGGAAACAAAACUUGUGAGAUCUGUGGAUCAAUUGCACGGAAUGUUGCAGGUGCAAAUGAAGCAGAGCUUGUGGAGCAGUGGAAUGAAGCAAAUGACGCAGCAUCUGUAGCAGCCACCGCACCAGCCACAGUAGAGACAAGAAACUUCUGGCAGGGUCAUCGAUUCCUAAACUUCUUGCUUGCUUGCAUGGUUUUUGCAUUUGUGAUUUCCUGGCUCUUUCACUUCAAUGUACCAUCAUGAUACUUGGAGAGACUAUAGUAGCAUGUCAGCUAGGGCUCCAUGCAUGUUUCCCCGUGCUACGAUGGCACUCUAGCAUACAUAGCUGCAUUCCCACUUGGAAAAAUUCCUGUUACUUUCCUAAGAUGUUAAUAUAAGUAGAAGAGCUACAGAAAAAACCAGAUUUGUGCUUCAUGUUGUGACGAGGUGUAAGCAGAAAUAUUUGUAAUUAAUUCCAGUAUAUAGUGUGUAACAAUUUGAUUGAUUGUCCUGCGCUAAUUGUUCCUGUUGUUAAGCCACACUAUCGAGUUGCAUGUAUGGGCUUCAGAUUUCUCCCCUUUUCU